AGUGCAUUCUCAAAGAUGGGCAAAUGUCCUCAUGGUGCUGGGAUACAGGGGAUUGGAGACAAGAGCAAGUCAUGGCGGAAGAUCAAGAACAUGGUGCACUGGUCCCCGUUUGUGAUGUCCUUCAAGAAGAAGUACCCCUGGAUCCAGCUUGCAGGACAUGCAGGUAGUUUCAAGGCAGCAGCCAAUGGCAGGAUACUGAAGAAGCACUGUGAAUCAGAGCAGCGCUGCCUUGACCGCCUGAUGAACGAUGUCCUGAAGCCCUAUGUUCCUGCCUACCACGGGGAUGUCAUGAAGGACGGGGAGCGAUACAACCAGAUGGAAGAUCUGCUAGCUGAAUUUGACUCCCCCUGCGUUAUGGACUGCAAGAUGGGGGUCAGAACUUAUUUGGAGGAGGAGCUGAUAAAGGCCCGGAAGAAGCCAAGCCUGAGGAAGGACAUGUACCAGAAGAUGAUCGAGGUGGACCCCGAUGCUCCCACUGAAGAGGAGAACGUGCUGCGGGCAGUCACCAAGCCUCGCUACAUGCAGUGGAGGGAGACCAUUAGCUCCACUGCCACACUGGGCUUCAGGAUUGAGGGGAUAAAGAAAGAGGACGGCACUGUGAACCGGGACUUCAAGAAGACGCGGACAAAGGAACAGGUCACUGAGGCCUUCAGGGAGUUCACAAGGGGGAACCGCAACGUUCUGAAUAGUUACCUGAACCGGUUGAAGGGGAUCCGUGCCACCCUGGAGACAUCUCCAUUCUUCAAGUGCCACGAGGUAAUAGGGAGCUCCCUCCUCUUCAUUCACGACAAAAAGGAACAAGCCAAAGUCUGGAUGAUCGACUUUGGGAAAACCACCCCGCUGCCCGAGGGACAAGUUCUCCAGCACAAUGUGCCCUGGGUGGAAGGGAACAGAGAGGAUGGCUACCUCUGGGGGCUGGACAACCUCAUCCAGAUCCUGACAGACUUGUCCCAGAGCGAGGACUUGCAUUAAAGCCUGCGUCCGACUCUGCCACUACCCAAACCUGCCCCCAACUGACUCUUCUGAACUGCACUACAAGACACUUUCCAACCCUUGCCCUUCCAAUUUUAAAUCUAUACUCUCCCUAUUUAAGGUGGUUUCGUUGUGGUUUUAUUAUUUUUUAGGGUAUUUCCCCCCCCCCUACAUGUAAAUACAAAACUAACCUGCCAGAACAAAUGCUGAACUUGAAACCUUAGCUUCACAGAGUUGGUGGCAGCCUGGGAGGGGCUGGUUAGAUGGGCAUGUGCUUUUGCCUUUUGUGCAGCUUGGUUUUCAGGGAACCUUCCUCCCAGCUGGUUGUGGAUCAGGAAUGCUGCAGCCAGGCUCUGUGGUGCUGAAGGGCCCUCCCUACUCCAGCUUUAGAGGCUUCAUCCCAAAAACACCUCUGCCUGGGACCCUCCCAUACACAGGGGGCAUUAGCAAGGCUUAGAGAUGGUGAAGGGUUCUUGGUGGGAGGUAUCCUGUAGCUGCCUUUGCCAGCAUCUUUUGCCCUAGGAAACUGGCUGAGUCCUUAAGAGUCACUAGGAAGGCAGGUUUGGGUUUUUCUCUUUGUGUUGGAGCCAUCCACUUAACUCUGUUGAGGCUGCUCCACCAUUGAUGAGUUACUGCAGGGCCACGUGCUGGGUGCAGGGACCCAUCACGGCCAGGUGCAGGCAUUAGCACACUCCUGCCUGCAGUGGCAUGGGGGUGAUGCCAUGACUCCCUUGUUGGAGAUCCACCUCCAGCUCUCCCCAGCAAGCAUUUCCAACCCUCUGCAGGAACAAAGACUUUGCUAGGGCUGCAGGGAGAAAAGCAGCAUAGAGGAGACCACUGAAACCUAAGGCCAACCAGGUUGGCCGCUCUUCUUCUGGUGCAUGCUAAGGGCUGUGCUGCUGUAAGGGCUGUGCUGCCAUAGGGGCCGUGCUGCCAGCACCUGCUCCUGGCCAGGACCUCCCUCCUGCCCGCAGCACCUCCAACAUUCCCCUGGGGCCAGUUUCAUGCUCAGCAGGCAGGGGCUAGGGGGUUGCAGGGACGAGCAGCGUUCAAGGUGCCAUACCAGUCUUGAUCGGCAAAGCAGGGAGGGAGAAGGCACCCCUGUGCCUUCCCUUUUUUUUUUUUGCAAUGCUUGCAGGCUCUGCCCUCGGCCAUGAGCUCCCCAGCCUGCGUCCGGCCUCCUUGCUCCAAGUCCUGUAAAAACAAGCAGUUCCCUAUUCAGGGCGGAGGCUAUUUUUUGACUUCCUGGAACAUUUGAACUAAGCAGCUUGCUCGCAUCAGCGCUGGCUCACUAAAGGUCAGCUAUUGACAGACGGCGGGGCUGAGCUGCAGCCCCAGGCCCCGCUCAUCCCUCUGCAGGGGCGAUGCUCUGGGGCCGCCCCCUGGCACCACUCCCGGCUGCAGGUCGGUUUCUGGCAGUGACGAUGGGGACCAGGCCAUCAAUCUAGUCACAGCCGUGCCCCGGCCUCUGUCCCUGGUAUUGAGGUCCUCAAGGUUUACUUCAGCCCAUAGCUCUCCAUUGGAAAUGGUCACAGUGCUGCAGCUCUUUGUCAGGCUUUUGGGAGCAGCCCAUGCAGAAGUGCCUUACAGACUUGCCUCUGCUCCUUUAGCGUCACGGAAAAGGUUGGGUUGGUGGUUUUUUGUUUUUUUUUUUAAGUUAUAUUUAUUUCAUCCCAUUUUAAUUGCACAAAACACUAAAACUUAAUGCAUGGAAUCCCUGUUGUUUUAACUGUUUUCAGUUUUUAAACCAUCCCUUUUCCAGCUUUGGAGAAAGGAUUUGAACAGAUAUGCUUAGAUAUGUACCAGUUAUCGCUGUACUUUAGCUCUGAGUUGCUCUUAUAUAUAUAUAUAUUAAUUUUUAAGCCUGUUUAUAAACCAGAUCCCUCACUUGGUGGCUUCAGAAGAAGCGGACUGUUUCUCUCAGAUGCUGUUCCUGGAGGCCGGGAUGGUUGUUGUGAGCUGCUCCCCACUCCCACCUCCCCUUUGGACCAUUGGGUAACUGCUCUGGAACACCAACGCACAGUGCCUGUACCAAACUCCUGUAACGUUCCCAAUAAAGGCCUAUGGGAAGCAGCCUC